UAUAAUUUUUCUUCUAUUGGAAAAAUGUUUUAUUCGGCUGGAAUCUUCAAAACAACCUUUGUUUUAUCUUCAACAAAUAAAGUGAAAAUUUAUGAAUCGGCUGUUGAAGCAGUAAGCGAUAUUCCGAAUGGAGCAAAACUUCUUGUUGGCGGAUUUGGUUUAUGCGGCAUACCAGAAAAUUUAAUCGAUGGAUUAGUUAAAACAGGAGUCAAAGAUCUCCUAUGUGUUAGUAACAAUGCUGGUGUUGAUAAUUGUGGCCUUGGUCUUUUACUGAAAAAUAAACAGAUUAAGAAGAUGAUCUCAUCGUACGUCGGUGAAAACUCCGAAUUUAUCAGGCAGUACCUUUCUGGAGAACUAGAGCUCGAGUUUACUCCACAAGGUACAUUAGCUGAAAGAAUUAGAGCAGGUGGUGCAGGCAUUCCAGCUUUUUAUACUCCAGCUGGUUAUGGGACCUUAAUACAUUAUGGUGGUUCGCCUAUCAAAUUUAAAGAAAAUGGCGAAGUUGAAGUGGUCAGUGCUCCCAAGGAGCGUAUAUUCCACGGAAGAAAUUAUAUCAUGGAAGAAGCAAUAAGUGGUGAUUUUGCCUUAAUAAAAGCGUGGAAAGCGGACAAAUUAGGAAAUAUUCUCAUCAGACAGAGUGCUGGAAAUUUUAAUAUACCGAUGUGCAAAGCAGCAAAAAUCUCAAUCGUAGAGGUUGAAGAAAUCGUAGAGGUCGGGCAGAUAGGUCCAAGCGAGGUGCACAUUCCUUCAAUUUAUUGUCACCGUCUUGUUCUUGGAAAAAACUAUAGAAAACCUAUCGAAAAGUUAAAAAUUAGAAAAGAGAAAAGCGAAGCAAGUACGUCAGGGGAAAAAUUGCGGGAAAUUAUCGCCAGAAGAGCAGCUUUAGAAUUUAAAGAUGGAAUGUAUGUAAAUCUUGGAAUUGGUAUACCUACACUCUGUCCCAGUUAUCUGCCUAAAGGAAUGAUAGUGCAUUUACAAAGUGAAAAUGGUCUCCUUGGCGUGGGACCAUAUCCAAAGAAGGGCGAUGAAGAUCCAGAUUUGAUAAAUGCUGGCAAAGAAACGAUCACUUUAUUACCUGGCGCUGCUAUUUUCAGCAGCGAUGAAUCUUUCUCUAUGAUCAGAGGUGGUCAUAUUGCGCUGUCUAUACUGGGUGCUCUUGAAGUUUCACGUUAUGGUGAUCUUGCAAAUUGGAUGGUGCCUGGAAAAAUUGUGAAAGGAAUGGGUGGUGCGAUGGAUCUUGUUAGCGCCUUAGGAACAAAAGUGAUUGUUGCCAUGGAACAUACGUCGAAAGGUCAACCAAAAAUACUCGACAGUUGCACUUUACCAAUUACUGGAGCUAAAUGUGUAUCAAGGAUAAUUACAGAUAUGGCAGUGUUUGAUGUGGAUCCUAUUGAAGGGCUAACUUUAAUUGAAUUCCGUAAAGACCUUGCUGUGGAAGAUAUCUUUGAGAAUACAGCGUGCGAUUUCAAAGUUAGUAUUCUAAGCUUUCCUUGA